CUCGCAGCCUGCUACAGGUUGCCUGCGUGGUGUGCUCAACGCAGUAUUAUGCCGGUCGCUGGCUGGGUCGGAUGUGUUUUUCGCUGCUAUUAUCAUUUUAUUUUGAGUUUGUAUUUCGGUAAGUCGCGUUUAUUUCGAUUGUUCAUUGUUCAUUCGAUGUUCAUUUAGUCAUUACUGUCGUGCUUAGUGUUAUAUUAGUAUUCAAUAUACAAAAUGGUCGUUAAUUUUAUUUGCGUUCGUUGUGCGUAUUGCAAGAUGAUCGCGUUCUCUCAACUUGUUUACACUUCACGCUCGCGAUACAGAUAACAUGCAACGUCUUGCAACAUUUGUUGUGAUAUUAUUAUGGACAAUGGAUUGGAACUUAGACAACGUUCUGCGAGGAAGCCGAGAAAGAAAGUAUUUCUUCCUUGAUAACAUUGAACGCCCGUACCGUAUACUCUACAACUUGGCAACUGUAUGUUUUCUUAUUUAUUCGGGAUUUGGAAUCAUGAAUGCAGUGUUCUUAAUGUACUGUCUGAUAUUAUAUUUGGAGUCAUUUUGCAACGUAUUCAAAAAUACUUUAAGAGAAGCUAAAUGUAUAAAAAUUAAAACUAUACGAUAUCGCAAAUUAAUUAAGGCACAUCAUCAGCAUUUGUAUAUGACGAGGAUGUGGGUGCUUCUGACGCAUUUCGUUAAAUGGCCUGGAUUUGUACUGAUCACGUUCAGUGGAUUGAUAAUUGCGCUAAUUAUUAUAACAGCGUUUAUACGUUUCGAUGUGCUCUGCCUGUGUCAUGUUAUGUUGUACACUAUUGUGGUAUAUGGCUUGGGAUGGAUGGGUGAAAGAAUAAUAGCUCUUGGUGAAAAAAUACGGCGAGCCACCUUUUAUGCAUGUCCAUGGGAUGGUGACGUGAAAAGUGUACGGAUUUUAAUGUUAAUGAAUAUGAAUUUCAACCACAACUUGUCAGUGCCACUUGGAAAUUAUACAUCGUUUUCAUGCACGGUUGUACUAUCUGUUUUCAAAUUUGCGUAUUCUAUCGUCACGUUGUAUAUAAACAAGGCUUAGCAGAUUGAGUAAUACAAGUAUUGAGUAUUUGGUAUGUUGGUAUUAUUUUGCAGUCAAAGCUGCACCAGCGCAAUCUAGUGAUGAAUUUCGUAAGCUUACACAAAGAGAGUUACCGGAUUCUGCAAUGAAGAAGAGUAUUUUAAUUUUUUAAAUCAUAGACAAGCAGUAUUUGCAACCUGCUUUAUCCUUGUUAUUUAAAUGCUAGAAAUAUAUUGGACUAUGUAA